GUUGGUUCUUGGUUUUACACAUAAAGUAAUGAAUUGAUGGAUGGAUGGAUGGACGAUCCGUCAAUGUCCUGCCCUGCGCCUCCUGAUUUCAAUCACAAUUUCAAUCUCACCAAGAAAACAACAAUAACCAUGACUUCCUUGAAGCCCAUCAAGCUCUUCUGGAGGAACCAAGUCCCCAACCCCUCCAAAGUGCUCAUUAUUCUCGAGGAGCUGAACCUUCCUUACGAAAGCUCUUGGGUGGAGCUCGAGGAUCUCAAAACCAAGCCCUUCACAGAUGUAAACCCCAACGGCCGAGUUCCCGCCAUCAUCGAUCCCAAUACCGGUCUCACCCUGUGGGAGUCCGGCGCGAUUGUGCAGUACCUCAUUGAUACUUACGACAAGGACCGGAAGCUCUCCUACGCCAGCUUUCCGGAACAAUACCAAUUGAUCCAAUGGUCCUACUUCCAGGCCUCCGGACAAGGGCCAUACUUUGGACAAUCCGCAUGGUUCAACCUGUUCCACGAGAAGAUCUACGGCGAGUCGCCCGAAAGCGCCAAGGUGCGUUACGAGGCCGAGGUCAAGCGUGUGGCCGGGGUGCUGGACUCAGUUUUGAAGGAGCGGGAGUGGCUGGUGGGCGACAAGUGCACCUACGCGGACCUGGCGUUCGUCAUGUGGAACAUGCAGAUCGCCUUCUUCAUGGGAGGACGAGAGGGUGACCAGGUGUGGCGUCCCGACGAGUUCCCCCAUUUCACUAAGUGGCAGAACGCGAUGAUGGCCCGGGAGUCCGUUCAGAGGGUCAUCAAGGUGUUGCAGGACAAGGAGGUCAAGAGCGCGUAGUUCUUCAGACUCACAAUUUCUUGUUGCCCUGCGCUGGCCAAAGAUGAGACUGCCCACUGUAGAAUUGGAACCUGA